CGUGGUAGAUUACGUCAUAGUAACUAAUUAAGGAUUCAUUAACCUUAUUACCAUUCCACGAAACUCUUUUGCAGUUCAGGUAUCUACGAAUAUAGCUCUUUAAAAAUGCCAAAUUACUGGCGCUGCGCUACGAUUGGCGUGCUAGCACUCGGCGGGGUGGCCCUCGGGUAUUAUGGGUACAAGUACUGGUGCAGAGAUGAGGUGAGACAAGUGACGUUAUGGGUACAAGUACUGGUGCGGAGAUGAGGAAAUAGUUUCAAGCUCCGAAGGGGAGGAGGCCGUUGCCAUGUCUAAACAGACGCCUGUUGAGACGCAGCAGGGCGCAUGCGCGACGCAAAGGACGGUGGAGACUGGUGGCAACAAGAAGGGCGAUGCUACAGCUGUAAGGCUGGAAAAAUACUGAUGGAUCUUUGCAGAGGACGUGCAGUCAUUUUCGGAGAAUGAAACUCUUUGUUUCACCAUUAAACCCGACACUGAAGGCGGCAACAAGAGACGACAGACGACUGCCGAGCACAAGAAUGCUGACAUGGCUUGUAGCCAGCCUGAGUUGACGACAGCAAAUGCUGCUGGUCUUGUCAAUGUCACAGCUGAGGACAAAUCCGACUCUGUUACCAAUGACGAGGAGUACAGCAUUGAAAAGGAUGAAUCGGGCGUGAUCAACAUGGAACUCGAAGAGGACGAGCCAAUUGACGAGGAAGAACAGUUCGCCAAGACAAUGGAAGCUAUGGCGUGCUUCGUGUUCUUUCAGGGAAGGAGUAUGGAAGAGAUCAGGCAGACUGAGGUGGAGCUGGGCCCCCUGUGGGCGAUUGUCGUGGCGUUUAGGGACUAGGUUCCAGAGGACCAUCCGAUGAGGAACCAAUUUAAGGAUUAAAGCGGCCGCUCUUACUCAUAUAGCCAGAACGUGUGGUAUUGAAAGGAAAUUCUGUAUUUGAUUAGAACAUUUUUACUUACACUUGGCUUAUCAAAACCUUUAACUUGAAAAAAUGAUUGAUAAUUGUAGUUUACCUGGUUUUAAUACAUUCGCAUACUUUUGUAUUGUUAAUGUUUUGGCAUUUGUAAAUACGUUUUUAUUUCAUCAUAUCAAUUAUUAUUAAAACAAAGUUUCAAGACCCUUACUCUAUUCUAUCCCGUUAAAAAUUUCUUAUAGUAAAUUAUUAUUUCUGUAAACUGAUCAACAAUUAAGGCUUUACCCCGUUUAAGAACCAUUCCUCGAGGGCACCAUUGUAUUCAGCUGUUUAUAGUAAUAAGAAUUUACGAACAGUAAAAGAAUGGCAUGAUAAAUACCUCGAAA